AUGUCAAAAUACUUCCUCUCGAGUUUGGAAGAGAAAGUAACUCACGUGAUUGGAUCUUUCCAGUGCUCGUCAUCCUGUGGGAAGGGCCUGCAGUCCAGAGUGGUCCAAUGUAUGCACAGAGUGACAGGUCGCCACGGUAAUGACUGCCCCAAGGUGUUCAGACCACCCACCUACCGGCCCUGUCACCAGGAGGCCUGCAAUGACAAAGUCAACGUCAACACCAUCACCUCCCCCAGAUUAGCUGCUCUGACCUACAAGUGCACAGGAGACCAGUGGACUGUGUACUGCCGUGUGAUCCGAGAGAAGAACCUGUGCCAGGACAUGAGAUGGUACCAGCGCUGCUGCGACACCUGCAGAGACUUCUACGCCAACAAAACACCCCGCAAGAGUUAAUGAUGAAAGCACUCACACACAUACUGUACACAGACAGACACACACUUCAACUAGGGCUACGACUUUAGAUGUUUCUGUAACACUUGACUUAAAGCUUGCGGGUGUAAUGCUUUGUAAGUCGUUAUAAGCAUGAAUGAGCCUUUAUAAUGUGUUAUAAUAAGGCUUAUGAUAUGAUAUGUCUCUCUAUGUAUCAGCAUAUUAACCGACUCAAAAUGUCUGUUAUUUAGCCUGCUUCAGGAGAUGAUAGUAAUAUAUUGUAAGGGUCUCGUGGCAGGUCUUUAUGCCGGCAGGC